UGUCUGUCUGCCUGUCUCUCUCUCUCUCUCUCUCUCUCUCUCUCUACACCAUUGCAUUGAUAGCAGCUUAUAUAGGCUUUGAAUGAGCAAACACAGCAAUAGCUAAGAGAGGAUCAGAAAGGGAAACAAAAUCACACAUCUUCCCCAUAAAUAAUCCUUCACUGAUCUCCAAGUGAACAAAUACAGUUUCUCUUCUUCCUCCCGUCACUCGACUCGUCUUUCCUUCACUCCCACGACUAUAUACACGCGUCGCUCGGCUCGUCCUCCCGUAUAAUUGUUCGCUCGGGAUGUAUAUCAUGGCGAUGCAGAGGUUUUGCAACGCCAUGCACGGGAUGAAGGCGCCCCUGAUAAUGGUGGUCGUCCAGACUGCGUUUGCGGGCAUUAACAUCCUCUACAAGCUCGUGGCCAAUGACGGUAUGAGCCUCCACAUCGUCGUGGCAUACCGCUUCAUCUUUGCCACCGUGUUCAUGGUCCCCGUAGCCCUCAUCUUCGAAAGGAAGAACAGGCCGAAGUUAACGUGGAAGGUGCUCGUGCAGGCCUUCUUCUGCGGGCUCUUCGGGGGAUCGAUGGGUCAGAAUCUAUACCUGGAGAGCUUAGCACUGACGUCGGCGACGUAUGCUUCAGCCAUGGCAAACCUUGUUCCUGGAAUGACAUUCAUACUGGCCAUUUCCUUUGGGUUGGAGAAGUUGAGGCUGGGAACAAUGGCAGGGAAGGCUAAGGUGGCGGGCACAUUAAUGGGGAUAGGUGGGGCAAUGUUACUCACCUUCUACAAAGGCGUAGAGAUCGUUUUGUGGUCGACAAAUGUGAACUUGUUGAAGACAACCACCACCGCAGGCCAUUCUGCAGCUUCGUUGGCCGCACACCAGUCCAGUGAUCGAGCCCUUGGCUCCCUCUUGGCCGUCUGCAGCUGCCUCUGCUACGCCUUGUGGCUUAUCAUUCAGGCCAAGAUGAGCGAGAGUUACCCGGCGCAUUACUCGAGCACGGCGCUCAUGUCCUUCAUGGGGUCCGUACAGGCAGUGGCCUUCGCCCUCUGCCGGGAGAAGGAUUGGACCCAGUGGAAGUUGGGCUGGAACAUCCGCCUUCUGGGCGUCUCAUAUGCGGGGAUCAUUGGAUCUGGAGUGUGCAUUACCUUAAUUACUUGGUGCGUGCGCAUGAGGGGGCCUCUGUUCGUAUCGAUCUUCAACCCUCUUAUGCUCGUGCUCGUGGCCUUAGCAGGUUCCAUGGUCCUAGAUGAGAAACUGCACCUUGGAAGCGCGUUGGGAGCAGGGCUGAUAGUGUGUGGUCUCUACAUGGUGCUGUGGGGCAAAGGCAAGGAGAUGAAAAGGCUAAACCAAUUGAUGCCCUCGACUAACUCCAGCGAGUUACCAAAUGUUGUUCAUGUGAUCGAGAUCGUCGUCCCAUCCCCGAAGAUUAGCAUCGACCCAUCCCCGAAGAUUAGCAUCGACCCAUCAAAAGAUCAUAUUGACAUUAGUGGCCGCCCUUCUGACAUUAAUGUCAAUAACACGAGGGUAUCAACAGGAGACGAUGCCCAAGAACUACCCGGAAACAAGGUCACUUCGCAAUAACAAAGGAUCAAAAGGAAGACAAUAAAGAAGAAGAAAAUAAAAAAGUAUGUUUCAACCAACAUAUAUUGACUGACUCAAACGAGACUCAUCACAAACAUUCGAUCCUAAGAAAUCGACCGUAGCCAAUAGCUAUUAAUAGCUGUAGCAAGCUCACACAAAAUUCUGACUUGCCCUAAAACGGUGGCAUUUUCUCUCAGAAGUCGGAAAGUUGGUUGGUAGAUAGAAUCCGGUUCUUUAGUUUUUUUUUUUCCCCUGCUCAUAGAAUGUACUGCGGAUCGAAAAAUUUAGUGAAUAUAUGUGAAAUGAAAAUACUAGUCUUUCACUCAUAUGAUUUAUUUAAUUUUCAGUUUAAA